AUGGGUUCGAAUGAACGUCAACGUUACCUAGUUGUGUUGUGUUACCGCCCCCUGUCGUUUGGCAGCACUGACCCCGACCGCCGAGGAGGAGACGGAAAGGAGGCUGGGAGACCUUCAGUCGGAGCAACUGGUGUAGAUACCUUGGCAGAAGACAAGCACUUCCUGGAUAAACAUCAAGAUGAGCUAAUACAGAGAGUAAACAACACUGCAGCCAUUCUGGAUGAGCUCCUCAGUGAAAAUGUCAUCCAGCAACACAAUUAUGAUAAAAUCAGGGCUCUGCCCACCUCUCAGGAGAUCAUGAGGGAGCUUUUUAAUCAGCCUUUGACAUCAAGUGGAGAUCAAGGAAAAGAGACCUUCUACAAAAUCCUGAAUAAACAUGAGUCUUAUCUAAUCGAUGACCUCAAGAGAAUGGAGUAUGAGAACCCCAUGAAAGUAGAAACAGUGAUGGCUAAGAAGAUGCUUUAUGAAACAUUGAAUGAUUUGAGGACGGGAGAGCUUGACUAUUUCAAGUCACUCAUUGAAUUGGAGAAAGAUUACCCACCCAUCUCAAGGAGUCAACUGAAAGUGGCAAACACACAGGACACAGUUGAGCUGAUGGUGGAGACGUACAGGGAAGAGUGUGUGGAGUUGACCAGAAAGGUUUUAAAGAAGAUGAACAGGGCCGAUCUGGUGCAGAGACUAUCAGACACCAGCUCAGGGAGCAAAGAGAAACCGCGGCCUUCACUGAUCCAGAGAGUGGAAACAAUGACAUCUGUCAUAGAGCUGCUUUUGGAAACACUGGCUGAUUUGAGAGAUGUGGAGCUCAGGGAGCUCAGGGUGUUCCAAAAGUUCCUGCAUCAAAUUCACUCCUCAAAUAUACAAUGGAGGCUGCUGAUGACGGCAGACAUGCAGGACACAGUGUUUUUUAUGGUGCUCAUUGACGGCCAGCAGUCUGUGGAAACAACCAAGAAGGUUUUAGAGAAGAUGGAGAGGACUGAUCUGGUGCAGACGUUGUCAGACAGCAGCUCAGGAUCCAAAAAAAAACACUCUGUGGAUGAACGCCUGUCUGCACUGAUCCACAAAGUGGCAACAAUGAGGGCUGUUAAAGAGCUGCUUUUGGAAACACUCAGUGAUUUGAGUAACGACAAGUUCGAGAAAUUCAAGGUGUUGCUGCAGUUCACGUUUUUCCAGAGGAGCCUUGAACUCAUCUCAUGGAAAGAGCUGAGCCUUCCAGACACCUCAUGGAGUGUACUGAGCCCCUUAUGGAGUAAACGGAGCCUGCCACUGUCCUUAUCGGAUGAAGUGAGACUUCAAAACACUUCAUGGAGUGAACGGAGCCUUCCACACACCUCAUGGAGUAAACGGAGCCUGCCACUGUCCUUAUCGGAUGAAGUGAGACUUCAAAACACUUCAUGGAGUGAACGGAGCCUUCCACACACCUCAUGGAGUGAACAGAGCCCUCCACACACCUCAUGGAGUGAAUGGAGACCUCCACUGUCCUCAUCGGUUGAAGUGAGCUCUCUACGCAAACCAGGGAGGGAACCGAGCUUUCUAUUUGUGUCACAGAGGAGACAAAUUAACAUGAAAGACCGACUGGUAGAUAUGAUGUUGAAGAAGUGCGGUCAACAGUCUGUGGAGGUGACCAUGGAGGUUCUGACGGACAUGAACAGAACUGAUCUGAUGCAGAGGCUGUCAGAGAGCAGCUCAGGACACAAAGCUGCAGGAUCAUCAGCUGAAGCGUUUGGUGUGAGUACCACGCAGGAAGAGAAACACUGCGUGGAUGAACAUUGGCCUGCAUUGAUCCAGAAGGUGGAAACAAUGACGUCUGUCAUAGAGCUGCUUUUGGAAACACUGGUUGGUUUAAGUGAUGGGGAGCUGGAGAUCCUCAGGAGUGUCCUCCAGACUCAGACUAACCUCCAUAGAUGCUUCUCAGACAGCACAUUAAUACCGCUGAAGAUAGAAGACACACAGGUCACAGUGUUUUUAAUGGUGCUGACCUACGGCCAACAGUCUGUGGAGAAGACCGAGGAGAUAUUAAAAGAGAUGACGAGGACUGAUCUGGUGCAGAGGUUGUCACACAGCAGCUCACAAUCCAAGAAGAAACACUUAGAUGAACACCGAUCUGCACUGAUCCAGAAAGUGGCCACAAUGGCAGUGGUUAAACAGCUGCUUUUGGAAACUCUGAAUAGUUUGAGUGACAAGGAGCUCGAGGAAUUCAAUAAGUUCCUGAUGUGGAUCAUCCGCCAGAAGACACUCAAAGCCAUAUCACCGAUCAGCCUCAGAAAAGACAGAGCAGAAACAGUGGAUCUGAUGUUGCAGACCUACAGCCAGCAGUCUGUGUCGUUAACCAGGGAGGCUGUGAAGAAAAUGAACAGGACUGAUCUGAUGCAGAGGUUGUCAAAGCCCAGCUCAGAACUUAAAGAGAAACACUCAGUGGAUGAACAUCAAACUGCAGUGUUGGAGAAAGCAGCUGUGAAACAGAUUCUUUUGGAAACACUGAAGGAUUUGAGUUCAGAGGAGCUGGAGAAAAUCAAGCGGUUGCUGCAGUUCACGGAGUUCCAGAAAGGCCUUCCACGCACCUCAUGGGAACAGUUGUACAGGGCAGACAGUACAAAAGCAGUAGUGGAUCUGAUGGUCCAAACCUGUGGCCAGCAGUCUGUGGAGGUGACCAAGGAGGUUUUCAUGGACAUGAACAGGACUGAUCUAGUAAAGAAGUUGUCAGUCAUCAGCUCAAGUAUGAAAGAGAAACAUCCAUCUGAACGGCUCCAGAAGGUGGUGACCAUGACAUCACUUAUGGAUAAGCUUUUUGAAACACUCAAAGAUUUAAGUUACAUAGAGCUCAAGCAAUUCAAGCAUGUCCUGCAGCUCACUACAGUGAAGAAAGACCUCCCAAAAUUCCCAAGAAUGAGAAUGGUGACAGCAAGCAGAGAUGAAAUAGUGGAGCUGAUGGUGGAGAUCUACGGCGAGCAGUCUGUGGAAGUGACCAGGAGGGUUUUAAUGGAGAUGGACAGGACUGAUCUGGUAGAGAGGUUGUCAGAAGUCAGCUCAGGGCCUUCAGGAAGCUCGGAGCUUGAGGGUUGUGGAAGCGUUGCGCAGGACUCCAGUGACUGGACUAAACUUGACCCUGAAGUGAACUGUACUGAUGCUGACGAGGCUCCAACUUAUAGCCUACAGUCUGAAGCAGGAAACUUUGAAUGCAGUGUCUCUGGUGUGCGUUGGGUCUGUAAGGAAAAGGUCAGCUUUAAGUACCAGUUUUGCUCUUUGAGUGGACACAUGGAGAAGAUUGAAAGCAUGCAGUACAUGCCUGCAGGUCCCCUGAUGGACAUCACAGCCAUUGCUGGAAAGUUGGAUGUAGUGUACCUGCCACACUGGAUCGCCAUAGAUGACAAUCCUACAAUAUUAGACAAGUUUGCAGUCCUACACAUAGAUGACUGUGGAGAUGUUGUGGAAAGAGUGUCUGAGGUCACAUCGUCACAUGUCAAGCUGUCUGAACCAGUUUUCUCUCUGAAAUUGAUCCUGGUGAAAUAUCUUGGCCUUUCGGUGGAAAUACACUGUAAGGUGUUAAUAUACAAGGCCGACACACCAUCCCUCAAACUCCACGUUUAUCUGAUCCCACCUGAUCGUGCUCUGAUACAGGAAUUGGAGAGAACCUUGUCACGUGAUGGAUACAAAAGAAUCCAUGAGCCACAUCCAGUGAAGCCCCUGAAAAUGCAUGAGUGGUUCACCCUAACAGCAGAUUUGGACGGCACAAAAAUUCGCCCUGAAGCAAUAAUGCUCACAUAUGAAAGCACAGAACCGAAUUUCUUCCAAGUGUUGUGUACUAAAAAUCCAGACACAAACUUUGCGCUUGAGCUCAAACAAAAAAAUGAGCUUCAACCAGUGUGGACCUGUGAGAUUCAAAAAGGUGCCGAAUCAUCAGCAGGACCAUGUGACAGUGCAACAGCAAGUGCUGAACAAUCCUCCGAGCCUGGUCCAAGUUACAAUAAACACCAGAGAGCAACAAUCACAGCGGAGGUAAAGAAGCUUCUGAAUACAUUGUAUGAGCUGAGAAAUGAAGAGUUCAAAGCUUUCAAGUGGCACCUGCAAUGCAUCACAGAGUGCCAACGGGAGAACAGCGACAGGAUCGACGUGGCUACAUUGAUGCUGCAGUCCUAUACCCAAGAAGAGUCUGUGAAGGUGGCCAAAGACAUUUUCAAGGAAAUUCAGAGGAAUGAUCUGGUGCAGCGGUUGUCAGACACCAGUUCAGGAUCAGAAUCUGCAGGAUCAUCAGCUUUAGCAUCUGGUGUGGAUACCACGGAGGGAGGCUCUGGUUCAGCAGCAGAAGCUGAAGAAGGGUCUAGAGGUUGCCAUCAGGAACAAGAUUGAGCAGGAAGUGACGCAGAAGGCAAGCUCAUCCCUUCACAAGCCACUGAGUGUGGUUAAAGGGGCUGAUGGUAAAGGCAGCCCAGGAGCAGCCCGUCCAGGAACCAGCUCCAAUUAGGACAUGAUGCACAGACCUGAGGCUGAGCGUGCUAAACUCAAGGACUUGAACGACAUUGAUCCUGUGACUCAGAUUUAAGAUUAUUUUUUGGGCUUUUGCCUUUAAUGUACAGGACAGAGUGAAAUGGGGUGAGAGAGAGAGAGAGAGCGGGGGGUGACAUGCAGCAAAGGGUUGCAAGCCGGAGUCGAACCUGCGACCGCUGCAGCGAGGCGUUGCCUCUGUACAUGGGGCGCCGGCGCCGGCGCUACCGACGCCGCUUUUGAUUCCUGAAUGUUUCAGCCGACUUCAGACAUGUAGAAGUAGUGAGAAACCCCUUAUGCACUGCACAGUUUACAAAUGAAUGUAUAAAAUAAGAGACAUGCUAGAUGUGAUGUGUGUCACAGGGUCAUGGGAAUUAUAUACACCUCCACUAGGGGGCACCACAUGACUUUAUUGACUCUCAUGGAGUUUCAGAUUUGUUUGCUUGUUUAAAAAUCCUGAUUGAAAACAGAACAUAAGAAACCAUGAUUUUAUGAGCUUUGGAUUGUACCACCCUAAAACAGGUUUGUAUCAUUCCUAUUGUAUGAUUGUACAGAAAACAACAAAUAAUCAGAGUAAAAAAAUGUGAGUCUUAAACCUGUCACUGUCAAAGACCCUUUAAGAUAGAUGGGUUCAUGACACUUUGCAAGUGUAAA